CAUGGUCAACCUACCGCCGCCGCCGCUGCCUCCGCCGGCUCCGGCCACCUCCGCCUCCUCCUCCCUCAAAUCCCUCAACAAGUCAUCGUACAAGAUCUCCAAGCAGGCCUCCUCCACGUCCUCGUCAUCGUCUUCUUCGCCUUCGAUGAAGGCAUCCUCGUCGCCGCCUCCUCCUCCCCGCCGUUCUCCUCCGCCCCCGCCGUCGGCUCCUCCUUCCUCCACCCCCGCCGCCGCGGUUGACCACCCGCCGCCGCAGCCGCCUGUCUACAACAUCGACAAGUCCGACUUCCGCGACGUCGUCCAGAAGCUCACCGGCUCCCCCUGCCACCUCCUCCCGCCUCAGCCCCCGGCCCCCGCCGCCGCCGUCUCCAUGCCCCCUCCCCCUCCUCGGCCUACCAUCAUGGCCCCUCCGCCCCCACCCCCGCCGUCGGCCAUUCCGUCCCGGCUCCACCGCAUCCGGCCGCCGCCGCUUGCUCCGCCCCGCCCGCCGCCCAUCCUUCCGCCUGCUCCGCCAGCGCUCUCCCCUCUUCCACCGCUCCCGGCGGUCUGCAUGACGGCUGAGUCCCCCAUCUCGGCCUAUAUGCGCCGGCUCCGCGGGAUGCCGUCGCCGAUCCACGUCCCCACCUCGCCACUGGGUUUCGGUUGCCUGCCCUCUCCACGGACGCCGCCAUCGCCGGGGGUGCCCAUGCCGGCCACCAGCCCCCGCGUCCGCGACCCAUGAACCAGCCGUGGGUGCUCCUGCUGUUGCUGCUGCUUCCAAUGUGUAGAUAUGGCCGGUUUAGGAGAGAUCUGGCGAGGCGGCGGCGAGGAAAGGAAGGAGCAAUACAAUUACAAUGUGUUAGCUUCACCUUAAAAUCUUAGCUCAAUUUUUUAGCCUGUUCUACCUACCUUAAUAUUUUGUUGGUGUAUAUGGGACAUGCGGUGGUGGGCAAGUGAUGAAUUGAUCGUGUUUGGCUAAUUUUGUAACAAGCUUAUGCAAUAUGUAGUAGCAAAACUCAAAUCUUUAUAUGCAAAAUUUAUUUAGACGAACUUUAUGGAA